AUGGCAACUCUCUCAAUUAACGGUCUUCAAUCAUCCCUCGAGAGGCUGAGCCUUGACACUCCUCUUCCUUCCUUUCCUGUUGCCGACGUCCUGGUGCGGCCACUCGACAUAUUCCGAUCUUACAUAGCACAAAUCGUGGCCGAGAUCGCGGAAUGUGACCCCGCGCUUGCGUAUGACGCUGUUCAAACAACAGCAACCAUUGCCAUGGGCGAUCUGGCAGUCAUCCUUCCUCGUCUCAAAAUCAAAGCAAAUGCAGAUGUCGCGGCAAAGCUUCUCGAUAAACAGUUUCCUAAGUCUCCCCUCUACACGUUCCCUUUCGUCGACGGCAUCCAUAUCCGAAUCUUCUCUUCUCCCUUCACCCUGCCCAGACUUCUCCUACCCUUUAUUGCCGAUCGCAAAGAGCUCUACGGAGGCGACAAAUCCUUUGGUCAGCGAGAUGCAUCAUCUCCGGACCUGGGACGGCAGAAGGUCGUUAUCGACUUUUCAUCCCCCAAUAUUGCUAGCCAGUUUGAAGGCAGGCAUCUUCGCAGCACCAUAAAUGGCGCUGCUAUUGCCAAUCUGUAUGAGCAAAUGGGAUGGGAAGUUGUUCGGCUGAACUAUCUAGGGGAUUGGGGCCAGCAAGUUGCCCUUCUCGCCGUCGGCUGGGAUAGGUUUGGUUCUGAAGAAGAGUUCCAAAAGGAUCCUAUCCGGCAUCUCCUUGAUGUAUACGGCAAGAUCGAAGAGGCCUUCAAACCUGAACUCGAAGCAAGUCACAAGGCCAAACUCGAUAACAAAAGUACGGCCGAGAUCGAAUCCCAAGGAAUCUACGCUGAGCGUAACGCCUUUUUCAAGCGCCUUGAAGACGGGGAUGCUGAUGCAAUGGCAUUGUGGAAGAAAUUCCGCGACGUAUAUGUCGAGGACUACACCAAAGCCUACGCUCGACUGGGCAUCAAGUUUGACGAAUACCAUGGCGAGUCCCAGGUAACAUCCGAGUCUAUUGCUCAGGUUGAGGCUGUCCUUAAAGACAAGGGCGUUCUCGAGGAGAGUGAGGGAUCUUGGAUCAUUGAUUUCAAAAAGCAUGGUGCGAAGGGGUUGAGCACGGCAGUGUUGCGCAAGCGCACCGGUACCACCAUGUAUCUUUUGAGAGACAUUGCGAACGUGCUUGAUCUCGAGAAGAAGCAUUCAUUCGACAAGAUGAUUUACGUCGUCGCUUCAGAGCAAGACGGUCACUUUGCUCGUGUUAUCAAGGCUAUCGAGCUCAUGGGUCUCGUUGAACUUGCUAAGAAGCUCCAGCACGUCGGCUUCGGUAAGGUUCAAGACCUUUCUGCCCAGCUUGGCAAUGCGCAUUUGUUGGGAGACAUGCUGGAUCAGUGUGCGGCAGCUGUGAAAGACGCAAUGACGGCAGACCAAAAUAGCGAGGCUCCCCCUGCUGCAGCCGAGCCCUUCGGUAUCACAUCUCUAAUCGCGCAAGAUAUGCAUACCAAACGCAGUAACGGAUACUCGUUCGACAGCAAGAAAAUGACAGAGUUUGAGGGAGAAACGGGUGCUGCACUCCAACUAGCAUAUACUCGCCUUAGCUUGACAUUGAAGGAACUUGGGGCAGAUCCGACCGCAGUCACGGCGGUCGACUAUACUCUCCUCCAGGAGGAGGAGUAUACUAACCUUCUUCGACUUAUGGCACAGUAUCCCGAUGUGAUCAACGCGGCAUAUAAGUCCCUCGAGCCGUCUGCAGUAUUGUCUUUCUUGUAUAGACUGGCUGAACAGCUUAUUGAAUGCCUCGACUUUGAUGAAGAUGAAGAAGCCGCCGAAGGACCAGAGAUCGAUCUUGCUAGAGCAGUAUUGUAUGAAAAUGCAAGACAGGUAUUGGAGAAUGGGAUGAAGGUUUUGGGGAUUCGGCCUUUGGUUACUUAG